GCCGGGCUGCACGGGCUGGGGCGAGCGCACGGAGAUGCAUGUUCCUUGCCUCCCAUGGGCCUUCCUCUUUUUUGGAGUGAUCGGUUCCAGUCCGGUCCCAAGAGGUUCUCCCCUUUUUGGGGAGAUCAGAUCCCCCAGUUAUCCCAAGCCAUAUCCCAACGAUAACAUCAGCAGCUGGGAUAUCCAGGUCCCAAAAGGGUAUGUGGUGAAGCUGACCUUCAAAUACUUUGACCUGGAGCCAUCUGAGUCCUGCUUCUAUGACUAUGUUAAGAUCAAAGCAGACAAGAAGGACUUGGGCCGAUAUUGUGGCCGGCCUGGGUAUACCACAGGCAAUCACCCGGGAAGAAAGGAGUUUGUAUCUAAGGGGAACAAGAUGCACCUGGAAUUUCACUCUGAUUUCUCCAAUGAAGACAAUGGCACAGUGAUUCCCUACAGGGGCUUCCUGGCAUAUUACAGAGCUGUGGAUCUGGAUGAAUGUGAGCCUAACAAUGCUGCUGAGAACGAUGAAAGGCCUCAAUGCCAGCACUUCUGUCACAACUAUGUGGGGGGCUACUUCUGUUCUUGCCGGAUUGGCUAUCAGCUUCAGAGUGACCACCACUCCUGCAAAGUGGAAUGCAGCAGUGAGUUGUUCACAGAGGCAUCGGGUUACCUGAGCAGCCCCGAGUACCCCCAGCCUUAUCCCGAGUAUCUCCGGUGUAACUACAGCAUCCGUCUGCAGAAGGGCCUGUCUAUCACCCUCAGGUUCUUGGAACCCUUUGAGAUUGACGAUCACCAGCAAGUCCACUGUCCUUACGACCAGCUCAAGAUCCAAGCACAAGGGAGAGAGAUUGGUGAAUUCUGUGGCAGGGAAUCACCUGGCAUCAUUGAAACCAACAGCAACGAAGUGGAUAUACUCUUCCUCACCGAUGAGUCAGGGUUCAGCCAUGGCUGGAAGAUCCACUACACCUCAGAGAAAAUACGGUGCCCACAGCCUGUCCCACAGGAUCAGUUUACCAUCAUCAGAGACCUGCAGCCUGUGUAUCGAUUUCAGGACUAUUUUGUUGUCAGCUGCAAGACUGGGUAUAACCUGAUGGAGGGUGACCAAAAGCUGAUGUCCUUCACAGCUGUCUGCCAGGCUGAUGGCACAUGGCAUCAAUCCAUGCCCCGCUGUCAAAUUGUGAACUGUGGAAGCCCUAAAAACCUGACCAAUGGUGUAUUCAGCUACGUUAACGAAUCGGCAAACAAUGAGUACCAGUCGGUGAUCUCAUACCGGUGCAAUGAGCCCUAUUACCACAUCGUCACCGGAACGGGGGGUGACAGAUUCACCUGUUCUCCUGAGGGAACCUGGCUGGAUCAAAAUGGCCAGAAGAGAAUUCCAUCCUGCUUGCCAGUGUGUGGGAAGCCAGUCCAUCCCAUUAUUGAAUUCCAGCGGAUCUUAGGCGGCAAACCAGCCAGGAGAGGCAAUUUUCCUUGGCAGGCUCUGACUGGCAUCAAUGGACGAGGGGGUGGUGCACUCCUGGGCGAUCGCUGGAUCCUGACUGCUGCCCAUACCAUCUUCCCCAAAGGAGGAGUACGGAAUAAUGUGAGCCUGGAGCAACUGGCAGAGGAGGCUGACAUUUUCCUCGGCCACACCAAUGUAGAUGAGCUCCACAAGACGGGUAACCACCCUGUGCGUAGGAUCUUUAUCCAUCCAGAUUUCAACCCUAAAGAUGAGCACAACUUCGACGGGGACAUAGCCCUGCUGGAGCUGAAGAACCCAGUAACUCUGGGCCCCACACUGCUGCCCAUCUGUCUCCCAGAUCCUACUGACAUCUCGUUCUACACACAUGGGCACAUGGGCUACGUGAGUGGCUUUGGUGUGGAUAAAAACCGCAUCUCAAGCAAUUUGAAGUACGUGAGCCUACCAGCAGUUGGUCGAGAGAAGUGUCAGAGUUGGCUAGACAGAAAUAAGAGAGGUAUCCCUAUGGUUUUCUCUGAGAACAUGUUCUGUGCUGGCUUCCUCGAAGGCAAGCAGGAUACCUGCCAGGGGGAUAGUGGGAGCGUCUUCACGGUGUUAGACAGGGAAAGUGGUCGCUGGGUGGCUACUGGCAUCGUUUCUUGGGGAAUUGGCUGUGGCACAGGCUAUGGCUUCUACACCAAGAUCCUCAAUUAUGUGGACUGGAUCAAUGGGAUAGUGAAGGAGGACAGACCCUAGGUGUUGCUGUCCUACUAACUGAAGCACCAUUAGCAUAUCUAUUUCCAGACACAGCAAAUCAUAGCCAGAGCUUUUGAUGAUGAAGUCCCAAAGGCUUUUCAAACACGCAAAGCAUGUAACCUUCAUCAUGAGCACUUCUGAAAGCCUCCAUGCUGUUUGAUUGUACCAUUGGCAGCUUGGGGAACGCCUUUGUGGAUGUUCUCGUUCAUACAAACCUUAUAACCGGAUGAAGCCUUAAUUGUAUCAGGAACUCUCAUGAAAGCAAACAUGUUAUGGUUUGAAAUGCUGAUGAUAUCAUGAACUACUGCAGUCUACUUUUGUACCCUCUUUUGUGGGCAGGUUGCAGGGAAGAAGACUUCCUUGAAGGAUGGGGUGGUUUCUGCUGAAUACAGUGUGCAGAGGCCCAUUGGCAUCAGUGAGAUUCUAUGAAUAUUAAAAUACUUGCUGGAUAAACCAGGUGUUUUAUGUUUUUUUUGUCUGUGUUUUUAACAACUGAAUAUUUCUCACCACUGAAAGUAACUUCUGGACUUUAUAUAGGGAUUGCUUUACCUACCACUGAAGUGUUUCCAGUUCUGCAAUGGCCUGUGGCAGCUGCUUAUCUGUCCCAAAACUAUCAUUAGAUUAUCCAGUCUGAACCCCCAGAUGGCUUCAAGGGAUGCAAAAAUAAAUUGCAUGCAUGAUGCCACAUUCCAAAAACAGGAAAGGCAACAACCAAUCUCAUGGAGAAGGGACCUCAGGAAACUUUACUGAUCAGAAGUUGAAGAUGGAUUUUUUUUCUUUUUUAAUCCUAUAUGAAAUAAAGCUUUAACUGCAG